GACAGUGCUAUCCUCUCCAUCUCGCCCGCUCUCGUGUCCCGCUCCAGCUCCAGCUUUGGCCUGUCGCACGAGGAGAGAGGGGAGCGCACGAGAAUCAUAUCGUUGGUGAAGAGGUAAAGGAAGGCUCGAGGCUUGAGGCUUGGUAGCGGUAGACAUGGCGACCGCUCGGUGCUUGGACACGAGCCUUUUCGCAUGCAGUUCGUCGCAGCCGCAACGGAGCAUUGCUUCUCGUCGAGGGCGCGGGGGAGUCACAGCUGCCGCGUUUUCUUCUCAGAAGAAGAAUAGAACGGUUUUGGAUUCAAGCUUUGUUUCUCAUCAUGCAGCUGGAAGUUUGCACGGGUCGUCGCUUUUCGGGGGUUCGGGACUUUUUUCUUUGUCCAAAUCCGUGAAUCAACAUGAAUUCAACCCCCAACGUGGUGCUCGCCGCGGUGUUGUGACAAUGGUUAUUCCGUUUCAAAGAGGUGACGCGACCCAGCAACCACCUCCCGAUCUGCCCUCUUAUCUAUUCAAGAAUCGGAUAGUGUUCCUGGGCAUGUCCCUGGUUCCAUCUGUGACGGAACUGAUCAUGGCUGAGCUUCUCUAUCUUCAGUAUGAAGACCCAGACAAGCCUAUCUACAUGUACAUCAAUUCCACGGGAACAACGAAGGAUGGAGAGAAGCUUGGAUAUGAGACGGAAGCCUUUGCCAUAUAUGAUACGAUGAGGUAUGUGAAGCCACCUAUUUUCACUUUGUGCGUCGGGAAUGCUUGGGGAGAAGCUGCCUUGCUUUUGGCAGCUGGAUCUAAAGGAAAUAGAGCCGCCCUCCCAUCGGCAACUAUUAUGAUAAAGCAGCCAAUUGCACAAUUUCGAGGACAAGCUACAGAUAUCGAUAUAGCACGCAAGGAAGUUCGGAAUAUUAAAACUGAGCUGGUUAACCUUUAUGCGAGGCAUCUAGGGCACAAUGCCGAACAAAUCGAGGAAGAUAUCAGACGACCCAAGUAUUUUAGUCCCGAGGAAGCGGUAGAGUACGGCAUUAUUGAUAAGGUGUUAUAUGGAGACAAGGGACAGGACAAGGGCGUUGUUGCAGAUUUGAAAAGAGCGCAACUCAUCUAAUUCAGGUAAACGCCUUGGUCCGCAGAGUUGAAGACCAUCUGCUGAGGACCUUGUAGUAUGUUUAGAAAAUUCAAUAUGGACAUUUGAAGUGGAGCUAAGCAUGCCAUGGUGGAAGAACUCUUGAAUAAGUUAGUUGUCUCGCCUUCGGAUUCUUAUGAACGAAAUGUCUGGGGCCAAUGUACGAUCAGGAGAAAGGUCUAGUUUUUUGUACAAAGACAAGCGACUGAAGUCUUCGAAACGCCAGCUAGAAUUUCUAUAAGGAUACCUGGUCAGAUUAGUACCCUGUUUAAAAGGAGAUUUCAAGCCAUACAGAUUGUUUCAAAGGUUUCUACUUCACCUUGUAAUACAAUUACUGUUCCUGGAAGGCUGUUAGCCCCAGGCAACAAAAGUUCAUUUUUCCUUGUUU